UAUAAAUCUCCCCCAGUCAUUAGAUAUCAGAGUUCAUCUCCUCAAAUUUAUUUAUUCCAUGAAGAUAUAAAUUAUUUUGUUUAACCAUAUAAGGCAGGAGGAAAUCUUUGUCAUUCUCUCUUUAAGAACAAAAGUCCCGCUGCGGGAAAUUUUCCUGUUAGAACCUCGCCAUUAUGGAGGAGCAAGCGGCAGUGGAUUUCGUACAUGAGAACGGACAGCAUGUAAUGGAUCCUGGAGCAAUCGAACGCGGUGGUUUAAACCAUUCAGCACUGGAAGCGCUGCUGUUGGAUCCUGGUACAUUAGGCGGACAUGUUAUUCCCGGUUUAAUGUUACUGCUUUUCGGUUUUUUGUGGACCUUCAACAUCCUUUACAAGUACCACGUGGCCAGAAAAGGAGCUAUUUUGCUUGGCAGAAGCAAUUACACAUUGCAUUAUAGAAGCAGGCUCUUUUCAACGCACCACACUGGCCACUGUACUAAUUCUUCAGUCGAAGCCUACGUCAUGGUGAUUUGUACAACGCUUGGCUUCAUUGGUGAAAUCAUAAUGGGGUUCAGUGGAGGCGAGUUCGUAGUGAUAUCCAACACGCAUCACAUGUGCAUGUAUUUCUUCUACGGGCUGACAGCCCUCACUCACAUCCUCAUGUGCCGCAAGCAUCCCAUCCCUGCUGACUCCGACUACGCGAUGUUCAUCGUCGCAUGCAUCGUCAAGGCGCUGCUGUUCCAGGGCCAUGUCAACGGUCGAGAACCGAUCAAUGCUCAGGUACACAUGUUUCUUGUGUACGCUAUUCUUCUGACAACAAUGUUCACGCUAAUGGAGUUGGCUGCUCCUCGCAACGUUCUUCCCAGCCUUGGAAGAACCUUCUGCAUUCUAGUCCAGGGUUAUUGGUUCUGCACGGCAGGCUUCAUAUUGUAUCCCCCAUCGUUCAUGCCAACUUGGGAUGACCACAACCGAGCACAAAUGGCGCUGCUACCAACGUUAUUUGUCGUCAACAUUGCUGUGACAUGUGUAAGUGCACUGGCAAUUAAUUACGUCGUAGCGUCGCGCGUAAACUCUAUUAACGCGCAAACCAUAAGCCGGAUUUUGAACAAUUCUGAAAAGAGAGGUCCUCAUACGUUGUUAAAUAAUGAAACUGGGAAGCCUCUGAUUUCUGAUUCCGAUUGUGAGUGCUAGAAAAUAUUUGGCUGUUCAUGUUUUUGUGAGACGUAGUGAUAAGGCAAAAAUACGAAUAGCCAUUAAUAAUCUUUAAUCGAUUAAAGUAGAUUCGUGCAAAAUGAAAUAUUAUAUAAAAGGUAACUAAAAUAUAUAAGCUAGUUUCGUUCACUGUGCUGUUAUUUAUAGAGUAUUUUAUUUAACAUAUUAUGCAGUACUAAUUCCACGCACUUAAAAUUCGUCACGGUUUUGAAAUGUAAUUUUAAGUUAUAUGUUAAGGGUAAUUACACGAAUGUACUCAUUACACUGAAUUUGAGAUUCAAUAAACUUAAAUAUCAACGAGUAAUUUUUGCAGUGAUCAGACAGAACCUGAAAAAAAACUCAUGCCAUGCCAGCCUGCAAAAAACGUAUUGAAAAAUCUUGACGGAAAAUAUUGCAUCUAUCAUGGUACAAUAAGAUAAAUGGCUUCUCGACCUAUUUGGGUUCAAAAAAGUAAUUAUUGCACGAAGAAGGGCGUCAAGGAUAUUGGCAAAUUCAAGAAUUUAUGUCGACAGAGAGAUGUAUAUUUAUGUGUAAGAAGUGCAUAUGAGGCACGUGUGCAGCAGCCAGCAUAGUCCAUAAAAAUUUUUUCUCAUGCUGAGAAAUAUUUUGUUUAAGGAAGCCAAGAUAAACACGCACCAUAUGACAUUGGCAUUAUCACUGAUGUAUAAUGCAAUAACUAAAAAAACGGAGAUCACACCAUACGGAACAGUUUUGUUCACGAUAUUUGAAAUCACUCGUUGGUAAUCCUUGUAAAAAUUCUAGUUAAAGACUCGCCUAAGUCUAAUCCAGUAACGAAGAUUACAUUAGAAGACUUUUUUAGGUUUCUAAGGCAUUAGGCAACGCCAUUUAGUAAAUAUUAUAAUUUUAUCAAAUUAAAUUCUUUUAUAGGUAAGACCUGCAAAAUGAACUAUGUAAUGUAUCGCGUAAAUUCCAGUAUUAUACUUGUCCUUCGACAAAAAUUAAUGCUGGAAUAAAUAUGGGAAUAUCCUAUGAAAACUAACCAGGUUUUUCAAGUUUCUUCGAGAACUGUGGCUUCCCUGUUUUUUAGGAUAGUUUUUCAUCCAAAUUCGACAUAUCUUCGAGCGCUCCUCAAACCUGGAAGAGCUUGCACCCGCGCUGCGUUGAGUCCCUGCAUCGCUUAAUCGUUGUGUUGUAAAAACUUGCGCAUAGGCUGGAUGCGAUGAGCAAAAACUGGAACUUGGUUGAAGCUUGUUACUUUCUCCGUUAUCUUAUUAUGAAAAUUUUAAAAUGAUAGCAGUUUUGAAAUGGUUUAUA